AGGGUUUUGAGAAGUCAGCGUUCGCUGACUUCGCUCGUUGCGUACGAGCCGGACAGGAGAAAUUCAGAAAUCCGGUUGGUUGACCGCAAAUUAUCUCGAUUGAGGAUUGAGCGCGACUGUGUCCAAAGCUUGUAUAUUAGUUGUGUCUGCAUUGACUCUUCUCGUUAUGUCAAUCGUGCCAAGUGAAGCUUCGGUGAAGGAGGAUUUGCCUGAUAUAAAUGCCAAUAUCCAGCCUGUUGAAAGUUCGAAAAAAAAGGAAGACAAACGUCACCUUCCCGAAAAUAAACAGGACAACGAGGAUGGUAAUUUAUCGCAACGUGCUGAGAUGGAAGUUACGAAAUGGAACGAGCCACAAAAACUCAGAACAGGCUCAUCUGGCGCUGAAAAUAUCACGUCGGACAAUUUAUGUAUAAAUCGUCACGGAAGCGUUAAAAUAUCAACGCAUUUAGACUUGGACACUUCUACACACCUGACAAAUCUGGUUCAUGAUAAAUACCAAGACAACAUGAAAAAAACUGAGUCUGGAGUUACAGAAGAAUUGAAGAAAAAUAUUUGUAAGGUGAAGGAACUUGGAGAUAGUUCGGAAAUUUUUGAUAAUGUUGCAAAUAACAAUGCCCAGAAACCUGUAGAAGAUAUCAAUAUUGAAAAUGAACAUGAAGGUAUUCCACAAAGACAAUCAAAUGUAGAUGAUAUUGAACUUGUAGAUGUUACCAAUGCCACUUUAUUUAGUGAACGUAUUUGUGACAAGGCAGAGAAUGGUAAUGAAAGCUGUGAAUUGCUUAGUAAAAGUGAUGAAAAAGAGACCCAAGAUGAAGAAAAAAAUUCGAUACUCGAACAGAAGUUGAGAGAAAAUAUGAAUGAUAAUUUAGCAAGGGAUUGUAUAUUGGAACCUCUGUCAUUUCCGGAAAAAGCAUCCUUGCUUAAUCAAAUUACAUCAGGUGAGGAAAAAUUUCAUCUUGUUUUCGAGACAGACUGUAGUCCCGAGGAUACUCCUUGCGUACUAUGUGCAAAUGUUUAUAAGGACAUUGAUGAAAAGUCACAAUAUGAUGAAUAUUUAUGCCAUCUUGUGGUGGAACAUAAAUUGGUUAUUGCAGAUGUAAAACUUAUUGCAAAUUUAAGAGAAUACGCAAUAUAUUGGAAAAAGCGCUUCACUGAAAAACCGAUUGAAGAAUUUUGUGCGUCUAUUAAUACAAAUAUGAGCCCUAAAGAUGUUGGUGAGAGUGAAAAAUAUUAUUUAUUAUGUGAUGCUUUACCUGAAGAUAGAAAAGUUCGCGAAGCACUACAACUCAAAAGAUUAAAAGAUCUCAUUGAAGUACAAACAAAAGAACGUGAAAAUGAAGAAUUUGAAAGAAUGUGCUUAUUUUGUACAAAAUUUGUUAUUGGAAAUCGUAAUGAGCUAUUCAACCAUAUGAAUGAAGAUCACAAUUUCAAUGUUGGACAUCCUCACAAUUUGAUAUAUGUUGAAGAUUUUCUCGAUGAGAUUGAGAAAAAGUUGAGUAGUCUUGAGUGUCUCUUUUGUGACAAAGUAUUCAAGGAUCGUGCCUCAUUACGAGAACAUAUGAGAAAAAAGUCUCACCGUCGACUGAAUCCAAAGAAUAAACUUUACGAUAAAUACUACAUUAUAAACUAUCUUGAACUUGGUAAAAAUUGGGAAGUUUUGCAAAGUGAGCCAGAUCAGUUGGAAGGGAAUGAUGAUUGGACUGGUUGGGAAGAUGAAGGACAAACCGCAGUUUGUUUUUUCUGCACAUCUUCAUUCAAUACACAGGAUCGUGUUUUCGAGCAUAUGAAAAGAGUUCAUGGAUUCGAUUUUCCUGAAAUGCGCAUGACAAUGAACCUGAGCUUCUAUCAACAAGUUAAGAUGGUUAAUUACAUAAGACGUACAGUCCAUCAGUUACGACAAAGAGAGAAACAAGAAAAGAUUGACAACGUCGAGAAUGAUUCGGAUAGUUCUCUUACAUUAAUUGAUGCAAUCACUAAAAGUGUAAAGGACUGUAUAUUGUCAUCAACCAAAUGGAAUCAGCCUCAGUAUUAUUUUCCAACAUAUGAAAAUGAUACUUUACUAUGUCAGCUUGAAGAUAAAGAAGGCCUGUAUGAACCUGAAGAUAAUUUCAUUAUUGGAGAAGAUGGGAUUGACUGUAAAGCAAUAAUUAACGAGAGCGUUCUUACUGAUUUGGUUGUGAGGGGUUAUUUUGACUGACAUUUUUUUUUUCACGUUUUUGAUCAUGAAUUUUCGUGUUUUCAAAUGUUUAUUUUUUUCUUUUGUAUAUGCAUUUUUUGGUUUUUACUACUUUAUUGCAUAUUUUUUGGGGGGAUUGUUUAAAAAUUUCCAUUGGUGCUAUUUUUGACUGACAUACUUUGGUUUUUUACGGACUCUUACAUGCGUUUUGGACUCGUCGAUGUUUGAACUGCUUAUUGUAAAUUCGUAAUUUGUAUAUUUUCUGUAAAUUUGCCAAGUCACUGUCUUGUAAAAUUGCCAAAAUGUAGAACAAAUACAUUCAUCAUCACAUUCUAGGUAUAAUUGAACUGAAGGUAUGAUACAGUAUUUACUGAAUACAACGCUCACCUGUAACUUUCAUCAUCACUUUUUUUGGGAGAAAAUUUGACCUUGCUUAGAGCAAAUUUCUUUAAAAAAAAGUUACAUUCACUCAUCUUUACAAUGCACCUUUGUUUUAACGAUCUGGUGUCAUUUCCUUUCAGA